AUGCGAGUCAACGCUCUCCCUGCGCUUGUCGGUUCCCUUGCCCUCGCGAAGUCGUCCUUGGCGGUCAAUAUUAUCUCGUCAAAUGAUGAUGGCUGGGCGGAAGUGAACAUUCGUGCAUUCUUCGACUCUUUGACAGCAGCUGAUCACUCAGUUGUUGUCUCGGCGCCUGCACAGAACGAGAGUGGAAAAGGGUCUACUCAGGGUACUCCAACGACACUUUCUGAGGCGUGUGAGUUCAAUAGCUGCCCUUCUGGUAGUCCGGCCGUAGGGCAUAAUGCCUCAGAGCCUCGUCUGAAUUAUGUCAAUUCAUACCCCGCAACUUCAAUGAAGUAUGGUAUCAAUUCGAUCGGACCUCAAUUUUUCGAUGGUCUUCCCGAUCUUGCGGUCGCAGGACCAAAUGUUGGUUCUAACAUCGGACUCGCGGUUUACCUAUCCGGAACGGCUGGAGCAGCUACCUAUGCGGCACAUUAUGCUGGCAUUCCUGCUAUCGCGUUUUCUGGAGCGACUGGCUCUCAGACAGCUUGGAAUGCAUCUUCAAGUUAUCCCAACUAUAGCCAGGUCUAUGCUGAUGCAGCUACCAACCUGACCAACCACCUUGUUGCGGCCGGAUUGCCCUAUCUUCCAAAUGAUAUUUGGCUCAACGUUAACUUUCCGUCUGUUUCGGAUUCCGAGUGCACCAAAGCCGAAGACUUUUCCUUUGUAUUGUCGCGUAUUCAUGUUGCGGUGCCUCUAGUUACGCCGGAAGAUGUUACUACUUGUGGUGGAGAUCGACUACCAAGCGAGAUUGGAGUCUCUUUGACCUCGGGAUGCUAUGCAAGUGUAUCGGUUGGCAUGGCAGGUACCAAGGGAGAUGCAAACGCCACUAUGCAGGAGGUUGUCCUGAAGAAACUCAGCAACCUGCUCACCUGCCUAUCCUGA